GGAAUUCGCUCCCUCACGUAGUCACGUUUCCAUUUCCUUCCUCUCUCGCCAUUCGAUUACCUUUCCUUUCUCCCUGCUUUAAGAGAAAGGAAACCGCGAGCAAUGCCCGGUAUUUAAACGGCCGGGCCGUGCGUGCGUCCGGCCGGCCUAGGCGAAGGCUAACCGAGUUCUCUACAUCGAACACUUCAUUUGUCCGGGCGGCGAGUCGGCGGCCAUGGCCUCUGCGGGGUUCGAGGAGGCGUGCAGGGAGAUCCGCGGCGCGCGCGGCCACCCGCGGCGCCUGGGCCAGCUCCUGGCUACGCGGAGCCCCGCCGAGAGGCAGCAGAUCAGGGCGGCCUACCGCGCGUCCUUCGGCGAGGACCUCGUCGCGGCGCUGCAGGGGAUCCUCGUCGCUGGGGCCGGCGGCCAGGAGGACGAGCUCCGCAAGCUGCUCUACCUGUGGGCGCUGGACCCGGCGGAGCGGGACGCGGUGGUGGCGCGGGAGGCGGUGGAGGGCGGCGUCACCGUCGCCGGCUACCGCGCCCUCGUCGAGGUCUUCACGCGCCGGAAGCAGGACCAGCUCUUCUUCACCAAGCAGGCGUACCUGACAAGGUUCAGGAGGAAUCUGGACCAGGACAUGGUCACCGAGCCAUCGCAUCCGUACCAGAGGCUGCUGGUUGCUCUUGCGGCCUCACGCAAGUCGCACCACGACGAGCCCAGCCAGCACAUCGCCAAAUGCGACGCGAGGAGGCUGCACGACGCCAAGAACGGCGGCGCGGGAUCGGUCGUCGACGAGGCUGUCAUCCUCGAGAUGUUCAGCAAGAGGAGCAUCCCGCAGCUCAGGCUGGCCUUCUGCAGCUACAAGCACAUAUAUGGGCAUGACUACACCAAGGCACUGAAGAAGAAUGGCUCUGGUGAGUUUGAAGAAGCUCUGAGAGCUGUUGUCAAGUGCAUCUACAGUCCUUCCAAGUAUUACUCCAAGUUGCUGCAGAGAAGUAUGCUAUGCGCAGGAACUGACAAAAGGUUGUUAACAAGGGCGAUAUUGGGCAGCGACGAUGUCGGUAUAGAUGAGAUUAGAUCAGCGUUCAAGAGUUGUUAUGGGAGGAACCUUGCAGACUUCAUCCAUGAAAGCUUGCCUCAGAGUGAUUACAGAGAUUUCUUGUGGCUGUGGCAAGAGGGUCAGCCGCCUCAUGAAGUUGGCAUAGAGGAAACCUUGACUUGUCCAGCGAAGCAAAUACUGCUUUUCAUGAUGCAGGAGUAAGUAGAACAUAAAAAACAGCAGUCUCGUGCCAUCUGAACUUGGAUUUCAGGUUAUGAAAUGUUACCAGUUUAUUUACAAA